GCAACCCUCCGGCAACGGGCACCGGGACCCUGCUGAUAACCCUGGAGGAUGUAAAUGACAACGCUCCCAUCAUUUACCCAACGGUGGCUGAAGUCUGUGAUGAUGCCAAAAAUCUCAGUGUGGUCAUUCUGGGAGCUUCCGACAAGGACCUUCACCCCAAUACAGACCCCUUCAAGUUCGAGAUCCAUAAACAGACCGUCCCUGAUAAAGUCUGGAAGAUCUCCAAAAUCAACAACACCCAUGCCCUCGUGAGCCUGCUUCAGAAUCUGAACAAGGCCAACUACAACCUGCCCAUCAUGGUGACAGAUUCAGGGAAGCCACCCAUGACGAACAUCACAGACCUCAGGGUGCAGGUGUGCUCUUGCAAGAACUCCAAAGUGGACUGCAACGCGGCGGGGACGCUGCGCCUCAGCCUCAGCUUGCUGCUGCUCUUCUCGCUCCUCAGCUUAUCGGGUAAGUCCACUUGACCCCAGCAUGCUUGC